AUGGCCAGCGAGAAAGUGCUGAAUUGGCUAUACAGCGUCCUUGAAUACUUGGACGUAAAUCGCACUUAUCACGACGCGGCCGAGGCUCUUGCCAACUACCCGUCGCUCAGCGUUCGAACUGAGCCCUACACUUACGAGAAUGGCGUAUCAGCGCUCUUACUGCUCCUCACAGGCACGCUGCCUGUCACAUUCCGUGGUGCGACGUAUGGUUUUCCGGUAGCAAUAUGGGUGCCUCAUGCCUACCCGCGAGAACCGCCUAUCGUAUACGUGACGCCUUCUCAGGACAUGGUCUUGCGGCCUGGACAGCAUGUGAGCACAGAUGGGAAGGUGUACCAUCCGUAUCUGGCACAAUGGGCGCAGUAUUGGGAUAAGUCAACUCUCUUCGACUUCCUAGCAGUCUUGCGCGGCGUUUUCGCGAAAGAGCCGCCUGUGCGAUCGAGACAGCAGCAGCCGCAGCAAAGUGUGCCCGCGCAGCAAGCUCCUCCACCUGUACCUCCACCUCCAGCUGAAUGGCGACGCGCAGCACAUGGGGCGCCCAUUUCCUCGCCUUCACCAGCCGUAUCGAACCAAGCUCCUGCUCCUCCCCCAAAGCCACCAAAGCCUCAUGAACAACAGCGGUCCACGCCUCAAACACCGCAUGACAGAUAUUCGCAACCGCCCCCUCUACCGCCGCAUCCACCCCAACAAUCUCAGAGUAGAUAUGAUGGGCCAUCAAACUGGCAGCAGCAGCAACAGCAGCCGCCACCACCAGGACAACAGUAUGGGCCCAGUGGACACGAGAACCGGAACAUGUCGAUGUCACGGCCUCAACAUCCACAAGUACAGGCGCAUACCUACUCUCAGCAGUCGUUCGAAACGGGAAGUCCAGUAAUCCCAAUGACGCCCAAUGGCCAAAUAACCGCAUCACACUUUCAAGGCUCGGGACCUCAUCAAGUAUCUCCUCUCCAACCGAGAAAUCAAUAUCAAGGACCCCCGGCACCUCCGCAACAACAGUUUACACAACCUCCUCCAGCACAGCAGCAUUACCAACAGCACCCGCCAGGUUAUCCUCCGCCUCAAAACCAACAAUACCCACAGCAACAACAACCACAACAGGCACCAAAGCCCCCAGUCGACCUUCUCGACGAUUCACUAGAGGUCACACUGCCCUCACAGUUAGGCAACCAAAUCCCUAUACCGGUGCCACCGGUGCCACCAAAUCCUGAAAAAGAUGCGCUUCUCCGGGCUCUCAGCCAGACGCUUGUCUCGCAAAUCAACCAAACAGUUUCAUCUAACAUGGCUGCCAUAGCACCACUUCGUGCUCAGCAAGCGGCUCUUCAAAAUGCACAUGCUCGAUUACAGGCUGAAUUAGGCGAACUACAGCAGCUCGAUGCAGCGCUUGCCUCGAAUGAACAGGUGUUGAAGGGUGCCAUGAUCGAGGCAGAUCGAGUCAUGGAAGAUGCGAGAAGGAGGAAGGCUCCAGACGUUGAUGAUGUUCUAGUAGCGCCCACAGUAGUUGGGGGCCAAUUGUAUACUUUGACUGCAGAAGAGAAAGGCAUUGCAGACGCGCUAUUUGUUCUGGGACGAGCGCUUGACAAAGGGCGAAUUACCCCGGAUGUAUUUGUUAAGCAAACGCGAAGUCUUGCUCGAGAGCAGUUCUUGAAAAAGGCGCUUAUCAAGAAGAUUGCCAGGGGAAUGGCAUUGGACGAAUAUCAGAUGCAAUAA